UUCUACCACUCGCUCGGCCCUGCCUUUUGACCCCUCCCUUCUUUUUUUUGGCCCUACCACUUUCUCCCUAUACUAUACUCUUCCCCGGACUUCUUGAGCCUCUGUUUCUCAAGGUCUUUUGGUGCACAAUGGCGUCCCCGGCUAUCAAAAAAGCGAUCGCUGAAGCGGCAUCGCAGUACGCAAAGCCCGAAGGGAAGAUCUUUCAGUAUGGUACCGCAGGGUUCCGUAUGAAGGCUGACCUUCUCAACACGGUGGUCUUCACUGUCGGUUUGCUUGCAGGUCUUCGUUCUAAGAAGCUUAGUGGACAAUGGGUUGGUGUCAUGGUCACUGCCAGUCACAACCCCGCGGAGGACAAUGGUGUUAAGCUAAUUGAUCCCAUGGGUGAGAUGUUGGAGGCCGAAUGGGAAAGUUAUGCUACCAGACUUGCCAAUGCUCCACUCGACAAGAUUGGCGAUGUCUACGACGAACUCAUCAAGGAAAUCGAUGUUAGCAUGGAAAACCCAGCUCGUGUCGUCUUCGCUCGUGACACUCGUGCUUCCGGCUCGCGUCUUGUGUCAGUCAUCAAUGCCGCGCUUACCGCUUCGGAGGUCGAGUUUAUUGAUUUCAAGUACAUGACCACUCCUCAACUCCACUAUGUCGUUCGCUGCAAGAACACUUUGGGCACUCAAUAUGAGUAUGGUGAGCCCACGGAGCAGGGCUACUAUGAGAAGCUUGCCGAGGCUUUCAAGCGAGUGAUGCGUGGUGUCAAGGUCAAGGGCUCGUUGACUGUGGAUUGCGCUAAUGGUGUCGGUGGACCCAAGCUCAGAGAACUUAUCAAGUACCUGCCCAGUGCUGAGGAGGGUGGUCUUGAUAUCAAGGUGGUCAAUGAUGAUGUUAUCAACCCUGAUAGCCUGAACUUCGAAUGUGGUGCCGACUACGUGAAGACGAAGCAACGUGCCCCGCCAUCUUCCAAGGCAGCUGUUCUCGACCGCUGCGCCUCGCUGGACGGUGAUGCUGAUCGUAUUGUCUAUUACUUCAUGGAUGAGAGCAACACUUUCAGACUGCUUGAUGGUGAUCGCAUUGCCACCCUUGCCGCCUCUUUCAUCGGCGAUCUUGCGCGGAGCGCUGGCAUUGCGCAAAAACUCAAGAUCGGCGUUGUCCAGACUGCCUAUGCCAACGGUUCCAGCACGGAUUACAUCGAAAAAGUCCUGAAGCUGCCCUCUGUUUGCACCAACACUGGAGUCAAGCAUCUGCACCACGCGGCCUUGCGCUUUGACGUUGGCGUUUACUUCGAGGCCAACGGCCAUGGCACGAUCACAUUCUCCGAGAACGCCUUGAAGACCAUCAAGAACACCGAACCCCAGUCCCCUGCUCAGAAGCGCUCGCUUGAGUGUCUUCAAGCUCUCACCGACCUGAUUAACCAAGCGGUCGGUGAUGCCAUCUCUGACAUGCUCCUUGUCGAGGCCAUUCUUUCCCACAAGGGAUGGAGCCCCAAGGAGUGGCUUGCCACUUACACCGACCUUCCCUCGCGCCUUGUUCGUGUGGAGGUUGCGGAUCGCUCGAUCUUCAAGGCUUAUGAUGCUGAGCGUAAGCUGGAGUCCCCUCCGGGCCUCCAGGCGAAGAUUGAGUCCCUGCAGUCUCGUUACAACAAGGGAAGAAGUUUUGCUCGUGCGAGUGGCACAGAAGACGCGGUGCGUGUCUAUGCUGAAGCAGCAAGCCGGUCUGAGGCGGACGACCUUGCUACCCGUGUCGCUAAUGCCGUUCGCGAAGCUGGCAGUGUCAAGGAAACAUUGUCUGCUUGAACCACUGGCUAGGCUGCUCCAAAUGCGAAAUCCUUUUGUCUAAAGAGGGAACGGAUAUCCCCCGUGAAACCCGAAGAGAUGUGAGCUGUCCGAACAGGAAGCCUCUGUUCUGCUUCACGAGCAGCAUGGAAACUUUAUGAAUGAAUUUAUGAUACUUAGUUUAAUCCGCAUUGAAGCAAAAGAAUUUGCAUUUGGCUGUGUCCCAUUUCCCAUUUCACUUGAGCAUUUAGUUGAUCAUGAACCCAUCUGGAUAGCCAUGAAACAUCUACACAGUACACGUGAGCGAACAAUC